AUGGAUUCCCACCCCCAGUUCAGCAAUGCGGAUGUUCAUGAACAAACUCCUAUUGUCUCUUUCCUUGGUCCCGUUUCUUCUUAUACUCAUCAGGUACUUACUCUUGCGCAAUAUGAGCGUCCCCCUUGGUCCAUCGGACUGACAGAUUUCGAUCUUGCCCAGGCGGCUCUCAGUUGCUUUGAGUCAGAUAAAUAUGACUACAGGCCUGAGAUUACUAUCACAGAUGUCUUUGAGGCGGUUCAAUCCGGAGAUGCAGAAUUGGGCGUUGUACCCUUCGAGAACUCUACUAACGGAGCUGUGAUCUUCACUCUUGAGCUCCUUGCAGAUCGCUACAAGAACUUUCCUGAUAUUACUGUCUGCGGUGAAGCUUACCUCGAUGUUAGACAUUGCCUGCUAGGCAAGAAGUGUCAACGCCAAUCUACCGACUCUCCAGAUGUGUCUGGCGCCUGUACUCCUACCUUGUCAUCACCAAGUCCUACGAAACCACGAGCAUCGCCCUUGCACAGUCUCAAGCACGUCAAGCGUCUCUAUAGCCACCCUCAAGCUUUCGGACAAUGCGAGAUAUUCCUGCAGGCAUACUUGAAAGGCGUGGAGAGGAUCGAUGUCAGUUCAACAAGUCGAGCUGCUGAGAUGGUAAAGGAGGAUACGACAGGUACCAGUGCAGCUAUUGCAAGCAAUCUUGCUGCAGAUAUCCAUGAUAUCGACAUCCUGGCCAAGGGAAUUGAAGACCGAGAAGACAAUACAACCAGGUUCUUCAUUUUGAGAAAAGGCGUUGACCCGAAUGCAGGAGUGGCACCUAAAUCCAAGAGCUUGAUCUCUUUCACGGUUGACCACAAAUCUCCCGGCGCUUUGGCAUCUGUCCUACAUUGCUUCCAGAUAUAUGGCCUCAAUCUGACAAGUAUCAACAGUCGACCGACAAAGGUGGUUCCAUUCCAGUACAUAUUCUUUGUUGAGUUCGAGGGAAGCAAGUUGCAUGAUGAAAGGGGUAUGGUGAAGAGGACGUUGGAUGCGUUGGAGGAUUAUGUUCAGAGUUGGAGAUGGUUGGGAAGCUGGGAUGACAAGUAUGCGAAGUGA